AUGCAGACUAUAAGGUCUCUGUUUUUCCCCAAAUGGACAUCUGACGCGCGCCUCGAUGGGAAGACAGCUAUCGUGACAGGAGCCAACACAGGCAUUGGCAAAGAGACAGCAAAAGACCUGGCCAGGAGAGGUGCACGGGUGAUUUUGGCAUGCAGAAAUACGGGAAGGGGAGAGCAAGCUGCUCAAGAUAUCAUGAGGGAGGUGAGCGGUGCCAAGGUCAUCACCAAGCAUCUGGAUCUGGCUGACACCAAAUCGAUCUGCGAGUUUGCUGAGAACAUUUACAAUACUGAAAGGUCUCUACAUUACCUGAUCAACAAUGCGGGUGUGGCUAUUUGCCCUUACUCCACCACAGUGGAUGGAUAUGAGAUGCAGUUUGGAGUCAAUCACUUGGGUCAUUUCUUCCUGACCUUCUUGUUACUGGACCUACUGAAGCACUCGGCCCCAUCCAGGGUCAUCAAUGUGUCUUCACUGACCCACGCUAUGGGCAAGAUCCAGUUUGAUGACCUGAGCAGUCAGAAAGGGUACCACCCUGUCAAGGCCUAUGUGCAGAGCAAACUGGCCAACGUCCUCUUCACCAGAGAGCUGGCCAAGAGAACCGAGGCGUUAGGUGUGACAACGUAUGCCGUGGACCCGGGCACGGUGAGCACCGACGUGAUGAAACACUUGAAACGCCCUUUUCAGGAGGCAGUGCGGGCGUUCAGUUUCAUGUUCCGCACCCCGGCGGAGGGAGCCUACACCAGCAUCUACUGCACCGUCAUGCCCGAGAACCAGCUGGUCACUGGCGGAUACUACAGGAACUGUGCAAAAGCGGAGAGCAGCAGGGCAGGUCAAGAUGACGGCACCGCCCUUAAACUCUGGGCUGUGAGCUGCCAUCUGCUUGGUAUCCGCUGGAGAUGA